AAAUUUGGCCCCGUAUGCGAGGACUUUUUGCUGCCUGCACACUGCGGAAGAAGAGCCAGCUCAAAAGAAGGCACGAUGGCGCCUACCGCAGGCGCCAGCUCGGGAAAGUGGCCAACAAUGUCAUGGGGGGAAAGCCCCAGGCCAAGGGCAUUGUCCUGGCGAAGAUCGGUGUUGAGGCCAAGCAGCCCAACUCAGCCAUUCGUAAAGUAUGCCGCAUCCAGGUCAUCGCGACAGGGAAGAAUCUCCUUGCGUUUGCCCCUGGGGACGGUGCGCUGAAGGUUAUCGAGGAAAAUGACGAAGUCUGUGUAGAGGGCCUUGGGAAGAAGGGAAGGGCCGUCGGCGAUAUGCCGGGUAUAAAGUACAAGAUCACCAAGGUCAGCGGCGUGUCUCUGCCUGCGAUCCUAAACGGGACCCGCGAGAAGCCCAACAAGUAAUUAAAAUAUUUCUUAAUCCCA